AUGACUGAAGGCUAUGGUUUUCUUCAAUUCUUGUUUAAUAAGUAUUCCGAGACAGAAUAUUUAAAUGAAGCUUGGAUACCAAUAAAUGAAAUUCUAAAACAAUUUCUUCAAAAUUCUAUUGAAAAUUUUAAACCAACAUCAUAUCAAGCUAUUUAUUGCAAAGUAUAUAAAAGUACAUGUAAAGGUUAUAAAGAACGAUUAUUUAAUGAUUUAAAAAAUCUUGUUACAGAACAUUGUUGUAAUUUGAAAAUACAAUUAGAUGAAAAUAUAAAAAGAAUAAUCGAUGAUUGUUCAAAUGUUCAUAUGAAUGUUUUCAUUCUUCAAUUUACUGAUUUUCUUCAUCGAUAUCAUCGAGCUAUUCAAGCUAUUGUUCCACUAUUUCAUUAUCUUGAUGUCGCUUAUGUUAGACCAAAAAUGCGAUCAACUAUUGAACAUGAAUUAUUAUUUCUUUAUAAAACAAUUAUUAUUGAAUAUCAUAUUAAUCAUGUCUUUGCUGUACUUCGACAGCUUAUUAAUACAUCGGAUAGACCAUCUAUGGAAAGAAUUGAUUUAUUAUUGCGUUUAAUACAUGAUAUCACACCAGAAUCUGUUGUAACACAACGUGAUUUAUUUAAACGAUAUUGCAAUGGUGAAGAUGUGCUUAAUGAAAUAAUGUCUAAUGAAGAAGAUAUGAUAACAUCAGCAUCACGAACGGCUUCAAAGCGAUCACUUGACGACUUACCAGACGAAGAAGGUGAAAAAAAGCAAAUAUUCUUUCACUGCUAUCGUCAGUAUGAGGAGUGUCAGCAAAAUCAACCUUCAGCGAAACGUACAACGAAUAUGAUUAAAUCUCCACAUACAGAUAAUUAA